AUGGCAUGCCCAUUCUUGCGAGAUGUGGUGGAUGAAGAAGCACUUGUGCUGAGGAGAGCCUUCAGGCGAGAAAGGGUCUUCAGGGACCGGUUGGACCCACUGGCCUUCCCUGAUGACCAUCUAUAUGAAAGAUACAGGUUUUCUGCAGAUGGCAUCCGUGGAGCCUUCCUGUACUCAGUGGGGGAUGCAGAACAGCUGAACAAGGCCACAAUUUGCCGCACAAUAAGGAGUGUGUGUCUGGCUAUCAAAGCAUUAGCAGAUGUCUUCAUCUCCUUCCCUGGCCACAGAGGACUCUGUGACAUGAAAGAGGAGUUCUAUAGGAUUGCAGGUUUCCCCAAUGUCAUUGGUGCAGUGGACUGCACACACAUAAGGAUAAAAGCCCCCUCAGGUGCCCAUGAGGCCGAUUUUGUGAAUAGGAAAUCCUUUCACAGCAUUAAUGUUCAGAUGGUCUGCAAUGCUGACUGUGUGAUCAGCAAUGUUGUGGCAAAAUGGCCUGGCUCAGUCCAUGACUCCAGAAUCUUUCGGGCCUCUGAAAUCUAUCAGUGCCUAUCACAAGGUGAAUUCUCUGGUGUGUUGCUGGGAGACAGGGGGUAUGGCUGCCAGCCUUUUCUCCUGACACCUUUCACAGACCCCCAGGAAGCACAGCAGGCCUACAACCAUGCCCAUGCCAGGACCAGGGCCAGAGUUGAAAUGACCUUUGGCCUCCUGAAGGCACGCUUUCACUGCCUUCACAAAUUAAGGGUCAACCCUGUUAGGGCAUGUGAUAUUACUGUGGCUUGUGCUGUCCUCCACAAUGUGGCCUGCCUGAGGAAGGAGAGGGCCCCCAGAGUGCCACCAGCCAUGGACUGGGACAAUCCGGCAAUCUUCCCUGAUGACGACAGUGGUCGGCUGCUGAGGGACCAAUAUGUGUUGAAUUAUUUUAGUUAG